AACGCUUCACAAACGAAAGUAAAAUUCCUUUGAGGAAUUUAGGAAGAACGGAGGAGAGGAGCUCCUGCCCUUUUUUCUGUUUUGUCGAGAAAAAAGAGGAUACGGGUUUAAAAGAUCCGGCUGUUUCAGUGUAGGAGUUUAUGAUCUGCUUAUUGUGAAAAUGAGUCGGAGACGAACCACAGCACAAGAAGAAGAUACUGAAAUAACCCCACUACUCAGGGAGGAUUCCCAGGAUAAGCGUGGAGAAUUCAGGACAGCAAAUGCAGAGCCCUGUGAAGAACUUCCAUACUCAGCCCGACUUUCAGCUGAGCCUGAACAAGAAUUCAGAUUCAUUCUUUUGGGAGGUGAUGAAUGUGCUAAACAUGAUGCACGCAACAUCAUACUCAGGAAAAAUGAGGCACAACAAAGGAUUCAUUCUAGAGUGUGUGAGAUGAAAGAAGGCUGGGUUAAUGGAAGAUUGGUCUCUGUAGUGAACAGUCCUUCUUUUUGGAUGGUACACUUGGCGUCUUACUUUUUUUUCAACAGAAGACUUGAAACAAUCAAAAAUGAACUGCAGAGCGGCAUAUCCAUGGUGUUCCCUGGACCUCACGCCUUUCUGUUGGUGGUUGAAGCCGGUCGUGACACUAAUAAAGAGCGCUACCUGUUAAAAGCAAUCAAAUCUGAGUUCGGGAAAGAAGCUAUAGACUACACUAUCGUUCUGUUUAUCAGUGACUCUCAACCAAACUAUUCACAGAUUAGCAGGAAAUCGAUUGUGAAGAAGUGUGGAGGCAGAUACCACGUCCUACUGAGAAAUAAUGAAAGAUCAGUUGAAGAACUGUUCGAAGAAGUAGUGGAAAUGGCAAAUAAGAAUUGGUGCAAGUUCUUUGUCCCAUCACCAUAUGAACAGUUCAUGAAAAUAAAUUUCGAAUCAUGGGAGAAAAAAAAACAGAUGGAGUUUUUCAAAGGGAUUGAAAAGAAACUACGAGAGGAACUGAACAAAUCUAAACUAAGAGAGAGGGAUCUACAGAAGGAGUUGGAGACUUCCAGAGAGAACGAGAGGAAACUACGAGAGGAACAAGAUGAUUCCAGACUAAGAGAGAGGGAUCUACAGAAGGAGCUGAAGACUUUUAAAGAGGAACGAGAUCAUUUUAAACGAAGAGAGAGCGAACUACAGAAGGAGUUGGAGUCUUCCAGAGAGAACGAGAGGAAGCUACGAGAGAAACAAGACGAUUCCUAUGUAAGAUUGAGGGAACUACAGAAGGAGUUGGAUGUUCUCAGAAUUAGGAAGCCUGAGGAAAGCAGUAUGAUGGAUGAUGUGGAGGACGGUGGGGCAGGAAUUGAGAACGAAGAGCAAACCAGUGGAGCAACACCAGUGCACCGGGGCAGUAAAGAGAUCAUUCUUCCAGACUUAUCAGAAAACCUGCGAAAUGUUUAGAAAGUCUUUGAGUGGAUACCAUGGAGAGGAAAGCGUUCACCUGGUGUGAUAACUACUUUGAUGAUGAGCUGGUGGUCUUGCUUUUAGCGUGUAUAUAUAGAGUAUAAUCACCAUAUAACCCUCUAACGCGCCAUUUAAUUAACGUAAUAAAUUUUAAAGGUUACAUGAAUAUUGUUUAAACACUGGAGUUUCCUGUAUAAAAGACCUGAGGUUACUCACAGCCAAAUAUUCUUUUUAAAUACUUCUGUGUAAAUAUUAAGUCAUAGAUCAUUACUAUUUGUGUGCUAUUGUUUUGGUUUUAAUUGAAUGUAAUAAUUCAUUUAAAUGCAUGUUUGUUUUUGUUUUAAUAAAUAUAAUCUUUCUAUAGUUUGUAAAUAAUUUUUAUUGUAUAAAGAUUCUAAUUGGAAUUACGGGCUUAAAAUGAUUCAUUUGUUUAGCUCAGAAAGGACUGUAAUAAACUACAACAGGACAACAGGAAGUGACAUCAUCAGCUGGUUCUUCUGAAGAUCAUAGGACCAGAAUUAAUUUCCCUCAUUAGUUUUUUUUCUGUAUAUUUGAUCUUAUUGUAACGAUGACUGAGGAGCUCAAUCUCAACACUCAGUCCUGUUACCUACAUUAACUCUUACAUUUAGCUAUUUUUCAUGUUUUUUGCCAAUUCUAAGCUAAAAACUCAUUACUGUUACUUUUAGUCCUGUUACUCAUAACAUAAAAAGUAACAGAAAUGAGUUCUAGUAACAGGAGUGAUUUUCUUUUUUACAUAAAUAUCA